CCGGGGCGUCGAGGGGGUCAGCGCCGCGCCGGGCGCCGCCGCCCAGGCCGCCAUGUGCUCCCAGCUCUGGUUCCUGACCGACCGGCGCAUCCGCGAAGACUACCCGCAGGUGCAAAUCCUCCGCGCCCUCCGCCAGCGCUGCUCCGAGCAGGACGUGCGCUUCCGGGCGGUGCUCAUGGACCAGAUAGCCGUCACCGUCGUCGGCGGCCACCUCGGCCUUCAGCUCAACCAGAAGGCGCUCACCACCUUCCCAGAUGUAGUGCUCGUGCGGGUGCCCACGCCCUCUGUUCAGUCAGACAGCGACAUCACGGUCCUGCGACACCUGGAGAAGCUGGGUUGCCGCCUGGUCAACCGACCGCAGAGCAUUUUAAACUGCAUCAACAAAUUCUGGACAUUCCAAGAGCUGGCCGGACAUGGAGUCCCCAUGCCAGACACCUUCUCCUAUGGUGGGCAUGAAGACUUUUCAAAAAUGAUUGAUGAAGCCGAGCCCCUGGGCUACCCGGUGGUGGUGAAGAGCACCCGAGGACACCGGGGAAAGGCUGUUUUUCUUGCAAGAGAUAAACAUCACCUCUCAGACAUCUGCCAUCUGAUCCGCCAUGAUGUGCCCUAUCUGUUCCAGAAGUAUGUGAAGGAAUCCCAUGGAAAGGACAUCCGGGUGGUGGUGGUAGGGGGCCAGGUGAUUGGCUCCAUGCUCCGCUGUUCCACCGACGGGCGGAUGCAGAGCAACUGCUCUCUGGGCGGUGUGGGCGUCAUGUGCCCCCUGACUGAACAGGGUAAGCAACUGGCUGUACAGGUGUCCAACAUCCUGGGCAUGGACUUCUGUGGCAUCGACCUCCUCAUCAUGGACGAUGGCUCCUUUGUGGUGUGUGAGGCAAAUGCCAACGUCGGGUUCCUGGCCUUCGACCAGGCGUGCAACUUAGACGUGGGCGGGGUCAUUGCAGACUACACUAUGUCCUUGCUGCCAAGUCGGCAGACUGGGAAGAUGGCCCUCCUCCCAGGGCUGUCUAGCCCCAGGGAGAAGAAGGAGCCAGACGGCUGCGCUUCAGCUCAGGGAGUCACUGAGAAUGUCUACGCCAUCAACAGUGGGUCUACCUCUAGUGAGAGUGAGCUUGAACUGGGAGAGAUGCGGGAUUCCUCGGCAGGCAUGAGGGGGGUCCCACCCCCCAUGCUGCCUGAACCCAGCUACAACAUUAACAAUAGGAUAGCUUCGGAAUUAAAACUUAAGUGAAUUCCUGCUUUCUGGCAGCAUUGAAACCAAAUCCUACUGCUUCCCUAGUAGUUUUGAGUGAAUAAAAUCUGGACUAAUGUGAUCUCAUUUGCACAGAAACUAGAAAUCCCAUCUGGGCACUCCACCGUCUUUCUAACGAUGAUUUAAGCAAACAGCUUCGCUUUGUGAGUUUUACAAAGACUACGAUAAAAAUACUCGCCAAGAGCAACAUCCCGACUGAACCAUUUGAGACCAGUGUCUGCUCCGAGCACUCAGCUACCAUGGACGACUUGAAGGCUUUGACUCUGCUGUUGCUUCUCACUGUGCUCUGUAGAGCCCAUUAACUCAGAAGGGCUCCUGGAAACAGGACCCUAACCACGGGACACAGGCGUGUGCCCAGGAUGUGGAACCUGCCAGCAGUUAUGUGCACGUCAUUUAAAUGUGUGUGUGUGAUGCUUGGAGAAUGCACUCAAACACUGCGAGAGGACCCCUCUCUGCUCCUCAUCAGUCACCGUCUGGACCAUAUUUCUCUGACACUCAGGAUCCGGUGUUUAGGGAGCUUCCUCAUUAGCGUUGUCAGUGAAGCACUUUGUAGAAAGUGAGAUUGAACAUCCCUUGAGUUCCUGUUUGGCAAACAUCCGCUCUGUAACUGGGGCUUUCUACAAAUGGCUUUGCCACUUCAAAUGUCUCGACCCUGCCUCACCAAUGCCAGCCCAGCAGCCUCUUGUACCUUUGCUGCCUUCGGCCUCAGCUGAAAACGUACUUCAGUGAGCUGGUGGCCACACACUUUCUUAAGCGUGCAUUAGAAUAGAACACCAUGAACUUUCUUUUCGAUGGACUCUGUUCACUUGUCAUCUAGAAUCUAGUGGGUAUUUAUCAUAGAAAGCUACUGGGAAAGAUCCUCUUCUCACCUCCUUUACUGAAACUUGUGUACUGUUUAUAUGUAAGAGGUUUUCCUGGAUUAAGUUGCUGUCAUGGCCUGUUGGGUAGAUAGAGCCAUUGGAAACACUCCAGUCCCCUUGAUAUUCUAGUCUUAUCCAGGUUCCAGAGACCUGUCCUUACCCACUUUUCCAAACUGGGGAGACUCAGGUAUCAGGAAUGACUCAUUGCACUUUGGGAGGGGGAUACUGUAGACAUGACUCCAAGUGCUUUUCAUUUUAACUCUUUGAGUAGUAGAUGAUGAUCCUCUCCCUGGGAGAUUCAUGUAUGGCGUGUUCCAUUUCUGCUGAUAUGAAAUAGGACUGGAAAAUGAGCAAAGCUCCUUUUUUAACCAAAUACACUAAAACAUAUGCACUCAAGAGUUAGCAUAACCAGAGUUACUUCUUUGGGAGACUGUAUUCUGGAGCUGUGAUUUUGCAUAUGCUAAGAACAUUUAGAAUUCCUCAUUGGAGUUACCUUCGAAGCCAUGCAAGAAAAGAGGCCUCAAACCUCAUAUGCAGAUCUUGUUACUUAUAUCACCUCUCCCCAGAGGUGGUCCCAAGCUCCAUCACCCAUUGUACUUAUCAGACUUAUUUUCUAGAGCUGUUGGACUGUUAAAAAAAAAAAAAUCAUUCCUCAAAACCUAAGCCUCACUAAGAAAGACAAAGACUUACCAACACUGAGGAAGAUCACAGGUGAGUUUCCAGGGAGGGUAUAGAAAUAUUCUUAGUGAAAAAAAAAAGAAAAGAAAUAUUCUUAGUGAGGUUGAUUUCACUGAACUAGGUCACUAGUUCAGGUAAGUGCUUUGAGGGUAGCAACACCCAUGCUGGGUAUGUAAAUUCCUGUAUUUACUCUGCCAUAAGUGUAAAAUGUAUGUAAAGGCAAACUCUUACACUUUUCACCACAUAUUUAAAUAGGUAAUUGGCUUUUAAAAUAUUGUGGCUAAAAUCAGAUCUCACCAAGUAACAGUUGUACAACUGGAAAAUAUCCAGCACUGUGUAAUGCAGAUGUCACACUACACAGUCCAUCACAGAGUGCAUGCUACUAAGCUGUAGCUCUGGUCAUGUGGCUUGUACCAUUGAAAAAUAAUUCACCUUCACCUUUAUAUAAGGUAAGAUAUGUACCUUACUUUUACCACUCAGGAGAGAUUGAGGAGGAGGAUAGUUCUAGGUCUGUUCUCUCUGGGAUUGGCCAAAUGCUUUCUACAUAAGCAUCUGAACCAAGCGAUAACAUCUGGAGGCUGCCUUCACUCCCACUGUUUAGUGGAAGCCCAUUCUCCCCCACUUUAUCUAAAAGGAUGCUGGGGGGCCCCAUCCUGAGCAGAGCAGCUCUGGGUGCUUUCCAGAUCCAUCAAGGGGGAUCCAAUUUCCAGCUGUUCCUGACAUCUGUAGUCAUUGGCAUCAGCACUUGGAACCUAGCCCUGUCUAGAAGCAGAGAAAGCUGGGUCACAGCUGGAGCAUAGCCCCCCUCCAAGAUUUCUCAUACUGGCUGUGAGCCCAGUGAGCCCCAGCCAGGUGGCUGGACCACACUUGUCACAGCUGCCCCCAAAGCCUGCUGGGAGGAACAUGGGGCACAGAGCCAGAUAACAGUUCUGACUAUCCCCAUUAAUAGCUAUGGACCUUGUGCAAUUAAUCAGGUGGACUUGGCCUCCAUUUCUCCAUCCUUCAGAGACAGUGCCUAUUCUAGAGGUAAUUCUUGGGGGUGAUCUGAGGCCAGAGUUGAAUUAAUGAGAGUGCAAUAUGUGGGAAGGAUUUUAUAAUAAAUUAUUAUCACACCACUCCCCCUGAGGGAGUUAAGAGGCCAUGAAAUCUUGGUAUUAUCACACUAAACAGUAGGAGGAACCCUGACAAAGGAUGCAGCUUCUCAGGAGCCUGACAGCCAGAAAGGAGCAAGGCUUUUAGUGUUUUCAGACAGCCUGUAGAUGUAUCAUAUAUAAUCUGAAUCUCUUGAACCUAAAUACCAAUUAGCAGUCUUCCUAUGUAAUAUGAAUUGCAGUGUCUGUGUAUGGUCUUCCCAUUCUCUGGUAGUAGCAUCUUGAAACUGGUCAACACUUGAAUGCCAGUAGUUCAGUCACUCAGAAUAUAUACGGUUCUGCACUUGGGAAAA